GUGAACAGCAGUUAUCUGUGAUAUGUGCACGAGAGACAUGAACGAUUCGGCCAGAGAGAUUUGGAGUCAGCUGCGGCUGGAGGACAGAGUGUGCGAUGUGGUCCUCAAAGUGGACGGUGUUCAGUUCAGAGCCCAUAAGAUCAUCCUGUCUGCGUGCAGUGAAUACUUCAGAGUUCUGAUGACCAGCAUUCACUGGACGUGCUCUGAGCAGAGGGAGUACACCAUUAUAGAUGUGUCUCCAGAUAUAAUGGAGCUCAUCAUAGAGUACGCCUACAGCCACAAGACCGGCAUCACAUCUAAGAACAUGGUGGAUCUUCUGAUUGCUGCUGACAAGCUGGACAUCCAGGGACUCAAGAGCCUCUGCUGCAGCUUCCUGGAGAAGCAGCUCUGCCCUGAGAACUGCAUCAGCAUCUUGGGGUUCUCUGAGUUGUACAGCUGUCAUGACCUGUAUCAGAAGGCGUACAGCUACACGCUGCUGCACUUUGAGGAGGUGAUAAGGGAGCCGGUGGAGAACUUCCUGGAGCUCACCCAGUCGCAGCUGAGUGACAUCCUCGAUAACAACAAGCUGAGCGUGAAGCAGGAGGAGAGGGUAUUUGAAGCCGUGAUGAUGUGGAUUGACCACGCCCCUCAGCUCCGCUCAAAGUACAUCCCAGUUUUACUGCAGAAGGUGCGGAUGGGCCUGAUGAAUCCAAACUACUUCCUGGAAUUUGUGAUGAAAGACCCACUGGUCUGCUCCAACCAGGAAUGUCAGCCUAUCGUCACUCGUGUCCUGGGAACUUUGCUCAGCAUCUGCAGCAACGGGCCGACCGACAGCUUCUCCCAAGAUCCUUUAAGCCGUCCUCGCACACCUAGCUCCUGCCUGUUCGCUCUUAGCGGCUGGAACAGUAGCUUCAUCAAUGCCGUCGAGUGCUAUAACUCAAAUGUAGACUGCUGGACGCCGCUUUCUUGGGUGGAUAUUGAUGAAAUCCCAAGAGGUUAUUACGGAACAGCCGUUCUAGACGGGCAUCUGUAUGUGUUGGGGGGUUCCAACAAUGGAGUGUACUUCAACACUGUAAAGAAAUUGAACCCCCUUACCCAAACCUGGCAACAAGUGGGGCACAUGCAGUUGCCCAGAUGUUUCGUCACUGUCGCCGUGCUCGAUGGCCUCAUCUAUGCCAUGGGUGGCCACAAUGGUCGCGAGAGGAUAAGUUCAGUGGAGCGCUACGAUCCCAAGACCAACCAGUGGAGCCUCAUCUCAUCCAUGCAGGUGGUCAGAAGCGACGCCAGUGCGACCGCCCUCAACAGGAAGAUCUACAUCUGUGGAGGCUACAACGGCCGGGAGUGUCUGUUCACGGCUGAGUGCUUUGACCCGCUGACCAAUCGGUGGAGUUUUAUUUCCCGUAUGCAGUCGAGCAGGAGUGGACUGGGUGUUGCUGCUUUAAAAAAUCUGGUGUUUGCGGUUGGAGGUUGCGAUGGAUUUAGACGACUAAAUAGUGUUGAAUCCUAUAACCCCGAUUUUGACCAAUGGUCAAUAGUCACCCCGAUGUUUGAGCGUCGCAGCAAUUUUGGAAUUGAGGUGUUGAACGACCGGCUGUUUGUGGUUGGUGGCUUUAAUGGUGUUAGUGCCACUGCCAGUGCAGAAUGUUACGAUGCCGUAACGAAGGAAUGGUAUUGUGUCCAGGAUAUGAUGCUGGGUCGCAGUGCUCUCAAAUGCGUUGCUUUGUGACAAAUUCAGAACAUUGCAGAAUAUUCUGUACAGCGGGAAGUUUGGCUCAGAGAGAUGUCGUAAUAUACAUACGAUACAAAUAAAAACAAAAAAG